CCCGCCUUGAUGGGCUGGGAGGGGCUGCCUGCAACCUGAGACCAGCCUAAAAAUAACCCCCUUGCCUGGCAGAGAAAUGACCUUCUGGGAGCUUGUCCGGCUUGGGUGGGCAGGUACCUGGAGCCACGUCAGUGCCCCCUGGCAGGUACCCAGCAGCUGGAGGGGUCACAGCGACAGAGAAAGAGAGGGUGAACAUCUAGCGGGGAGACGGCGGCUGGGGGGCUCAGCUGGGCCUCGGCUGGCUGGUGGGAUCAGAGAGUCCUAGGAGAGGGGCUGUGAUGGACUAGAACUGCAACUAAAGGCUGUACUAGAAGUACGUUAAGAAUCGUCAGGUCCCUGAGCCAUGCAGAAGUCCCAGGGACAGAACACCCACAGCUGGGCCACCGAAGAGGCUGGAGGAACAGGAGGACGGGGGCCGGCGAGAGCCCCCCCAAGCCCGGCCAUCCCUCCCAAGAGAGCCAAGGUCACAGCCGAGCAGGGAGGCCCAGCAGCCCCAGUCUUUCUGCAGGAGCUGCAAGAGACAUCUGUCAGCAUCGGCCAGGACAUCCUGCUGAGGGUGGCCGUGACCGGCAACCCCCAGCCCCACCUGAGCUGGUACAAGGAGAAGGUCCUGGUUUCCCCCACCCAGGAGAAGAGCAAGGAGGAGGGGAAGGCAGAGAACGAGGAGGAGUAUGGCUGCCUCCAGAUCCGCAACAGCAAGGCAGGCGAUGCAGGGACCUACAGGUGUGUGGCCAAGAACAAGCACGGAGAGGCGACCAGCAGUGCCACCGUGACAAUCGCAGACAUGGCAGACUCGGAGACGGGAGAAGAUGAUGCCAGCAGCACACAGGUGACCCAACGCAGCCAGCUCCAGGAUGAGACAACCUACAGCUCCCCAACAGGGGAGUCGGACACGCUGGUGGAUGCCUCCAUGAAGACAACCCCAACCUCAUUGGCAGGACUGUCCCAAACAGAGGAGCACUCUAGUUGGUCAGGAAGCCAAAACACGGUGUUGGAGAAGGACCCGGAGGCUGGCCCCACGGUGAGGGGACCCUACCUGCACCCCAGCAUUCCAAGGCAAGCACCUGCCGAGGCCCGGCACCUGGGGGUGGAGCCGCUGGUGCGGGCAUCACGGGCGGAGCUGAUUGGCGUGGCCCCGGGGUCCGAGGACAGCCUGUCUCUAGGCAGCGACCCCUACGGCAGUGCCUUCAGUCUGUACCGGGGCCGUGCUCUCUCCCUGCACGUCAGCCUGCCCCAUGGUGGAUACCGGAGAGAGGAAGCCAACACCACCAGCAGCAGCAAAAACAGCAUAGAUGCCCUCCACCCACCUACGCAGAAACCUCCCCUUCAGCGUCCAGUGUCCCCUCGAGCAGGGCAGUGUCCAGUCCAACCCUCUGGGGCCAGCCGUGGCCCCAUUCCACCUGUGGCUCCUCGCAGAAAGCUGCUGAUGCCCCCUGAGUUCCAAGACACGGCGUCAGAGGAGUUUGAUGAAAAGCUGAAGCGCCCCAAGUCGUCCGCCUACUCUCAGGCUGGAACAGGGGAGUCACGGCCCCAGACACCCCUGAGUGAAGCUUCCAGUCGAGUGUCUGUCCUCCGCCCAUCACCCAAGCUGCCACGGUCAGGAUCUAAGAUCUUUGACAAGCUCAAGUUCUUUGAGGAGCGCCGGAAAAGUCUGGAGCAGAAUGAGAACCCUUUUGCGGGCCACACAUGGCUGCCCCUUCGCAAGACACGUUCUUUUGACCAGCCUGGCUUGGAUGAUGCCAGUCCCUUUAUCUCAGCUGACUCUCAUGAGGACUUUGUGGACGAUACCCACUCAGAAUUGGGAGGCGUGGCUUUCCGUCGCCGGGCGUUCCAACAGAAAGCAGCCUCCUUGGAUGAGCGUGGCCGCUUCUCUAGUCACGUGUAUGCCUUGGAGCAUAAAUUCACAGAAGAGCUGGGGCGCAUCAAGCGCACUGUCUCUCAGCAGCAGCUACGACGGUCACAAGAAUUAUUCAGGUCCCCAUCUCCACGUACCUCCAAGGAACCACCUGCCCCCAAGGUUCCACCACCACGUAAACUCAAACCACUAAAGGCUUUGCCACGUGCUGAGAAUACACAUGGUGUGCAACAGCUGGUCUUGUCCAGCGUGGGACUAAUAGGGCCAAGAGAUGACCCCAAGGGGACACAAAAGCCUCUGCUGAAGAGUGGAGCCACAUCUGAACAGACAGGAGAAUCAAACAGAGGUCAGAAGGAAAUUGAGAUGAAUGGACAGGAUAUGCGGCGAAAGGUGGAACAAUGCCCACUGAUCCACGCAGCCCCACUAGGUCGAACAGAUCUAUUGCGAUCUGGGCUUUCAGAUGGUAAUGAAUCUACAGAUGGAGGCUCUGUGAACACAUUAAAAGGGAGUCAGGAGUCCAAGGGUCCAAGUGAAGCCUUACCUGCCCAGAAACAUGGACAUUCUCUGUCCUGGGCCAAAACAGAACCAGGCACAGACAGAAGCAGGGCAGGGACCCACGGUACAAGCAGAGAAUCUGACAGAAAGACUGGAAAAGUGACAGAGAAAAAGGACAUUGCACUGCAGUCUCAGGAAGGAAAGAGUAUACGAAACAGAGGCAAAGGCCGCCGAACCCGACGAAUGUCACCAGAACCAGAAUCUUCUGAUGAUUCCUACAUCUCUGCGGGUGAGGAUCCGCUGGAGGCACCCAUUUUUGAGAUCCCUAUCCAGGAUGUAACAGUCAUAGCUGGAACUGAGGUGCUAUUCAAAUGUAUCAUCACAGGCAAUCCUUCCCCAGAAGUGUCCUGGCGGAAAGACGGUGUCCCCUUUCGGAGCAGCACUAGUCGCCCCAUCAAAGCGGAGGGAGAACGCCACACCCUGCUGGUCAGGAAUGUCCGCACGGCAGAUGCCGGUCUCUACACGGUCUGUGCCACCAACGAGGUCGGCGAGGCCUGCUGUAGCGCCAUUUUGUCUGUGCGGCCUGCUCCCCCGGAGACCCACAGCAGAUUGGUGCCCCGCCAUGAGCUCAGCAGCCCUGUCACAUCAGAUGAAGAGUACCUGAGCCCCUUGGAGGAGUUCCCUGACUCUAGCACUCCACGACACCAACCUGUCAUGAAAGUGCAGCCCCGGACUGAAAUCGGCCCAGCUCCCACGCAUGUGGGUGUCAACUUCAAGGCUGCACCAUCUUUUGAGGUGGCACUGAGUGACCAGACAGUAGUAGAAGGACAGGAUGCUGUCCUGCGUAUUCGGGUCCAGGGAGAGCCCAAACCCAUUGUACACUGGCUGAAGAACAGGCAUCCCAUAAAAUAUGGACAGCACAUUUCUGCUGUGGAAGAGGAAGAUGGAUCUUUUUGCCUACAUAUCCACAUGGUGGAGUGCGCAGAUGCUGGCUAUUAUGCCUGUAAGGCCAUCAAUGAGUAUGGCACCAAGCAGUGUGAGGCAAAGCUUGAUAUACAAGUGCACCCUGAGACAAAGUCCUUGGCAGUGCUGGCCCCCCUGCAGGACGUGGUGGUGGGGGCUGGGGAUGCAGCUAUCUUCGAGUGCCUGGUGACUGGCCCACCGGAUGUGGAUGUGGACUGGCUGUGGCGGGGGCGCCUGCUCCAGCCGGCCCUGCUCCAGUGCAAGAUGCAUUUCGAUGGCCGCAAAUGCAAGCUACUGCUUACCUCUGUACAUGAGGAUGAUAGUGGUGUCUACACAUGCAAACUAAGCACAGCCAAAGAUGAGCUGACGUGCAGUGCCAAGUUGACUGUAUGGCCUUCACGCCAGCCACUCUUCACCCGCAAACUGGAGGCUGUUGCUGUUGUGGAAGGACGUGCAGCACGGUUUGACUGUAAGAUCAGUGGGAAUCCUCCGCCAGCCGUCACCUGGACACGCUUUGGUCAAUCGGUGCAAGAAGGGGAAACUGUCCGUAUACACCAGGACAGGGGGCUGUACUCUCUGAUCCUCCUGCAUGUGACCUCCGAGGAUGAGGGUCAGUACGGGGUGAGUGCUGUCAACAAGCAUGGCCGAGCUGACUGCACUGCAGACCUGUAUGUGGAAGAGCCGCGUCCAGCAGCCAGCUCCCAGAUCUCCAAGCUGGAAAAGAUGCCAUCCAUCCCUGAGGAGCCAGAACAAGGCGAAAGUGAAGUGGAACGCUUUACCAUGCCUGACUUUUUGCGGCCACUGCACGACCUCGAUGUAGUAGAAUCCAAGGAGGCUGUGCUGGAAUGCCAAGUUGCUGGGCUGCCUUACCCCACCAUCACAUGGUUCCACAAUGGCCGGCGCAUUGAGAGCACUGAUGACCGCAGGAUGAUGCAGUACAAGGACAUGCAUCGUUUGGUCUUCCUCUCUGUCAGUCAUGCCCAUGCUGGGGUCUAUAAAAGUGUAAUUGCCAACAAAGUGGGCAAGGCCACCUGUUAUGCACACCUCUAUGUGACAGACGUGGUUCCCACACCCCCUGAUGGACCACCCACUAUAGUUGCUGUCACCGGUCGAGCUGUUACACUGAAGUGGAACAAGCCCAAGUGGCUGGAUUCAGCCAUUGAUCCUGCCACCGUGACCUAUACUCUCCAGCAAGAGGUCCUGGGUUCAACUCACUGGACUGCUUUUGCCACAGGUGUGCGUGACACCACCUAUACUGUUCUUAAUCUGAAGAAAGGUAUCCGGUAUAUGUUUCGUGUGCUCACAGCUACAGCCAAGGCCAGCAGCAAACCUUCUCCAUCUACUGCACCUGUGCAGCUCCUUGACAGAGGUCCUUACCUGGAGGAGGCGCCCAUGAUCUUGGACAAGCCAGAUGUGGUCUAUGCAGUGGAGGGGCAAGCGGCCUGCAUCACAGUAACCCUCAAUCAUGUAGAAGUUACUGUCACCUGGAGAAGGUCUGGUGUGGUGCUCAAAGAUGGAGACCCAAACUGGGAGAUGAGCAUGCCUGAUGAUGACCAGCACUCCUUGCGAUUCAUGCGGGUGGGCAAAGGGGAUGUGGGGGAAAUUACCUGUGAGGUGAGCAACCAGCAUGGAUAUGACCACUGCUUCAUCACCUUGGAGCUGGCAGAGGCACCUCGCUUUGAGUCUAUCAUGGAAGACAUUGAAGUUGGUGUGGGUGAGACACCACAGUUUGCUGUAGUGGUAGAGGGCAAACCUCUUCCAGACAUCAUGUGGUACAAGGAUGAAGUGCUCCUGACAGAAAGCAAUCAUCUGAGCUUCGUGUACGAGGAAAGUGAAUGUUCUUUAGUUGUGUUGAACACGACAGAGCAAGAUGGUGGUGUGUACACAUGUAUCGCACGCAACCUGGCUGGAGAACUGUCUUGCAAAGCUGAGCUUGUGGUUCGUGCAGCUGUGCCAGAUGCAGAUGCUGCACAGGGGCAAGAAGAGUCCCAUACAACUCGUCGCCUUGCUGACUAUUACGAUGUCCAUGAGGAGAUCAGUAGGGGAGCCUUCUCAUACCUGCGGCGAGUGACUGAGAAGAGUUCCGGUUUAGCCUUUGCUGCCAAAUUCAUCCCAUGCCGUGCCAAAGCCAAGAAAUCAGCACGCCGUGAACUUGGCAUCCUAGCCCAGCUGGACCAUGAGCGCAUUGUCUACUUUCAUGAUGCCUUUGAGAAGAGGAAUGCCCUCGUCAUUGUCAUGGAGCUCUGCACUGGAGAUGAACUCCUGGAGCGUAUAGCAAAGAAGUCCUCCGUUAGUGAAUCUGAAAUACGGUCCUACAUGCGACAGGUGUUAGAAGGAAUCAAGUACCUACACCAUCAAGGCAUUUUGCAUCUUGACAUUAAGCCAGAAAACUUGUUGCUGGCUGAGCCAGGCAGCGAUCAGGUGAGAAUCUGUGACUUUGGCAAUGCCCAGGAACUGACUCCAGAUGAGCCACAAUACUGCAAGUACGGCACUCCUGAAUUCGUAGGCCCAGAGAUCAUCAGCCAGAGUCCUGUCUCCUGUGUCACCGAUGUUUGGCCAGUGGGAGUCAUCACAUAUCUAUGUCUCACAGGGAUCUCUCCUUUUGUGGGUGAGAAUGACAAGACAACACUCAUGAACAUCCGCAACUACAAUGUGGCCUUUGAGGAGAGUAUGUUCACAGGAUUGACAAGAGAGGCAAAAGGCUUUGUUAUCAAAGUGUUGGUUAAUGAUCGCCUGAGGCCCAAUGCUGAGCAGACCCUGGAACAUCCCUGGUUCAAAACACUGGCUAAAGGCAAGAGCAUCAGCACAGAUCACCUCAAGCUCUUCAUGUCUCGCAGGAAAUGGCAGCGCUCCCAGAUUAGCUAUAAGUGCAACAUGGUACCACGGCCUAUUCCUGAACUUUUGGAGGACUCAUCCAGCCACUUGUCUAUUGCUGUGCCACGCCUCCUGAAACAGACCUCAGUGCUGUCCUCGUCUUCUGAUUCUGAUGACCCAGAAGAGCUGCCUUAUAUUCCAAUGCCCCAUCAGCCUGAAUUUUCUGGAUCCCGCAUGUCCCUCACUGAGAUCCCAACCGACGAUGAACUGCUGGGUCCAGAAGGAACUCCCAUGCAUGAGGAGGGUACUUCCAUGGAGUGGCAAGAUGAAGGACAAGGAGCAGCAGUGGCUCUCAAGAGAAAAGAAGAAGGGGAGCCUUCUGUCAGAAGGGCGAAGGGGAUGCAGGCACGGAAGCGCUCGACAGAGGCUGAGGAACCUGGCUCUUCUGAUGAAGAAGCUCACAGUGAGGGCCAGAAAAGACCGGAGAAACGGAGGGCCCUGAAGAAAGGCUCCAGCUUGGACUCCCCAGAAGUAUUUGAGAGGGCAUCACGGAAGGGGCAGCUGCGUCGAGGGAGCUCUGCCGAUAGUGCCCUGCUGCUCAACCUUCCCUCAGAUGAAACUGAGCUCCCAUCCCGUAAAAUCCUGACCAAGGCAGCAUCUAUGGAAUUGCCCCGUCGCAGCCCCAGCCCAGGCACAUUGUACCAUAGAAAAGGAGGGUUACCCGAGGAAGAAUAUACCCAACGUUUGGAACUCAUGCGCCAGCGCUUGCUACGUGGCAGCCCCGUGGAUGGCAAACUGAGUGGCUUGCGAGGGCCUUUACUGGAGACCCUUGGCCUUGAGAAGAAAGCACCAAGGCCUCCCAGGUUGGAGAAACAGCUGUCCCCUGGGCAUAAAAUGGUGCGUGCUGCUUCCAGUGAGGCGGCUCCCCAGCACCUGCCCCCUGAGGGGCUCCUCCUCCAGAAGAGCAGCUCUUUCAGCCAGGGUGAUGGGGAGCCUGUCAUUCUGCACCGCCGAUCAGGGGAGCCACUAGAGAUCCCUGUGGCACAGGUUGAGGCCCAGAAAUUAAGAGAGACACCAUCCCUCUCAGCUCUGAAUGAUUCCAGGCCCCAUACACCUCACACUCCACAAGAGGUUCCCUCCAAGCCACCGACCCCUGAAGCAGAGGCAGGAGCAAAGCCCAUAACCAGGACGAGCCUGAGGAGACCAACUCCGAGGGGGCCUGAGGAGAGAUCACAGGCCAGAUUCGCCAAACCUGACACUUCUACAGCUGUAAAAAGCAUAGCAUCCCCAAGAGCCUCGCCCACAGCAAUUUCGCUCACCCCUGGUAGCUCAACUCUCAAACGAUCUGCCUAUGCUGAGGUCAUGCAGUCCUUAGCUGGUGAGUCAGCCCAGGUUCCCCAGGAGGAUGUAACAGAACCUCCUGGGGCUGCCCCUGAAAGUAUACCUCAGAUCUCAGCAGCAGAGACUCAAACCCACACGGCCAUCUAUGCCAAGCAGGCCGCAGAGACGGCUGAAAAAGAACCGCCCCUCCCAGGUCCCUCCUCCAGUACCGAGCAUAUUGCAGACAUUGACUCUGAAGACGUGUUUGAGGCCAAGUUCAAAAGAGGCAGAGGAGGCUCCCUCAGCAGAGGCCGCAAACUACUCUCCAGGUCUGAGGAGCGACACUUGGCUGCCCCUUUGGUACGGGAGGAGGGCAUCUACCGGCCAAGCCCUGUGGGUGCUCCUCUGGAACUGUCCAAGACGGGAGUUUCUCGGCGCGCUCAUUCCGUACAGGACUUGCACGAGGUGGAGAAGGAAGGCAGUUUCAUUCGCAGGAUGUCAAUGCGGCUCCGUCGCACACCCCCUACUGAGAGGAGGAAGCUCAAGGAGGAAGAUGCAGGGAGAACAGUCCAAAGCCGGCGGCUAUCCUGGGGCUUAGGAUCCAAGGACAAAAAGGACUCGGGCAGCCAGCAGUCAGAGCCUGGCUCCAGCGAGUCGCCCGUCAUGGCUGUACGCCGGAAGAUCGGUACCACCAUGGGCCGCCUCUCUACGCACCUGCGCAGUCAUUCACAGCAUCAGGCUGAGGAAGACCAGGCGGCCGCCGGCAGUGACCACAUCAGGCAGCCUGAGAAGAGAACUCCUUUCCUCUCUCAGCUGCGCCGGGCAACUUCUGAGGGUGAAAACCUGCGUCAGGUGGGCAUCCCACAGAACCAGCUGGCCGCCCAGUCUGCUAAUGUCCCCUCCACAGAGUCCUUCCAGUCUGACAGUUCCACAGGCAACGUUUCUGGUGAGGUUCACCGUCGCAGUUCUCGCUGGGAGCGCUGGAGCUUGUCACGAGCCAAGAAAGACAAGGUUGCAUCUCAGCCCAACAUUCCUGUCAGCCUGAGAGGGGAAGGGGUUGUCAUUACGAGUCAACCCUAUGUCCUCAGCGAGUCAGAUUUCCCUCCAGUUUUCCAUAUUAAAUUGAAGGACCAGGUAUUGCUGGAGGGAGAGGCUGUGCAGCUUUGCUGCCUUCCUGCAGCCAGCCCUGCCCCUCGUAUACUGUGGAUGAAAGAUAAGAAUGCUCUGGUGUCAGAGGGAGUUCUCAACAUUGUAGCAUGCAAGGAUGGCCGUCAGCUGCUCACCAUCUCCAAAAUCUCCAAGAAGGACGCAGGCUUGUAUGAAUGCAACGCCACCAAUGCCCUGGGCACUGCCACCAGUUCAUGCACCAUUGCUGUGGCACGGAUUCCUGGAAGACCAGGCACUCCAGAAAUCCCGCAGAAGUACAGGAACACAGUUCUGGUGUUGUGGAGGCCAGCAGAUAGCCAGGCACCCUGCACAUACACGCUGGAGCGCAAGAUGGAUGGAGAGCACGAGUGGAAGAUAGUAAGUUUCGGCAUUGCUGACUGCUAUUUCAAUGCAACAGAUCUUCCAGUGGGGAGCACUGUCAAGUUUCGAGUGGCCUGUGCUAACAAGGCUGGGCAGGGCCCCUACAGCAAUCCCUCGGGGAAAGUGUUAAUUGAAAGUGCAGAACCCAAAGCUGCCCAUUCAGCUCUCACUGCCAAGAAAAGUGCCACUGCCCCAGAGAAAGUGCUUCCCGCCAGAUCUUCCCAGAGUCUUAUGAACCAGUCUUCACAGCCAGCACUGAAAAGCACAGGUCCACUGCCAUCCACUCCUCCCCGGAAACAGAAGGGAUCAAUGCCAAUGCAAGGACAAGCACCUGCAGUCCCACCAUUGACUCAGGCCAACAUGGAGAAGUUUGGGGCUGCAGAGAAAGGAAAACUCCCAAUUGCACCCCUGCUUCCAUCCAAAAAGGAUGAGGAGGGUUCAGCUAUCCCACUGCCACCCUCUCCUGAGCCAGCAUUAAAACCUUCCAAGAUGGCAACGUCUCUUAGCACCCCUGGUGUCCCACCUGCUGUUACUAAGGGCUCUCCUGUCCCAGCAUCCUCUCCCAGCUCUUCUGCUUCCAAGUUCUCACCUCCCUCUGCUGCAUCACCAACCCCAGUGGCACACGGACCAGCAACCAUCUCCUCCAAAGCUGUCCCGUACGUGGCCACUUCUUUUGUCUCCAUCCCACCCAGAUUGCCCCCCACCACAGAAACUGCCCACAGCCCACCAGUCACUCCAACCACAGAAGAGGUGCCUUCUUACCCACGCUUCCUGAGCCGGAGCACUACCCCUGGCCGGGAGUCUGGCAGCAUCGCCCAAGGCAGGCACACUUCAGCUGCGAAGGAUGAGUCGUCAUUGCGCCAGGGUGUCCCCCAAAAACCUUACACCUUCUUGGAUGAGAAAGCAAGGGGCCGGUUUGGAGUGAUCCGGGAAUGUAAGGAGAAUGCUACAGGCAAGCGUUUUAUGGCCAAGAUUGUGCCCUAUGAGAUGGACAACAAGCAGAGCGUCCUGCAGGAAUAUGAGAUUCUGAAGGGCUUGCAUCAUGAACGCCUGAUGGCACUGCACGAGGCCUAUAUCACGCCCCGCUACCUGGUGUUGAUAGCCGAACACUGCACCGGAAAAGAGAUCCUCUACCACCUUGUCGACAGGUUCCGAUAUUCAGAGGAUGAUGUGGUGGGGUAUGUAACGCAAAUCCUUCAAGGCCUGGAAUAUCUGCAUGGCCGACGCAUUAUCCACCUUGACCUAAAGCCUGAUAACAUCAUUGUCUCCUCCACAAAUUCCAUAAAAAUUAUCGACUUUGGCAGUGCCCAAACAUACAAUCCACUGGUUUUGCGCCAGCUAGGGCGCCGAGUUGGUACGCUUGAAUACAUGGCUCCAGAAAUGGUGAAAGGAGAUCCCAUUGGUUCAGCCGCAGACAUCUGGGGCGUGGGAGUGCUCACUUACAUCAUGCUCAGCGGUCGCUCACCAUUCUCUGAAGCAGACCCUUUGGAGGCAGAGAGCAGGAUCCUGGCAGGACGUUAUGAUGCCUUCAAGCUUUACCCCAAUGUCUCCCAGAGUGCUGCGCUCUUCAUCCGCAAGGUGCUCUGCCCCCAUCCAUGGAGCCGCCCCACUCUCAAGGACUGCUUUGCCAACCCUUGGCUCCAGGACGCCUACCUGAUGAAGCUGCGGCGUCAGACCCUCACUUUCACCACCAGCCGCCUGAAAGAGUUCUUGGUAGACCACCAGCGCCGGCGUAGUGAGGCGGCCACCAAGCAUAAGGUCUUACUGCGCUCCUACCACGGCGCCAGCAGCAGCCACAUGCCCUAGCCGCCUGCCCUGCCGGAGGAGCCACGAGAAAACAUUCCAGCAGGGGGUGUGAUGGGCCAAGCACUUCUCCACCCAGCCAGGGUGGGACUGGUUGAUAUACCUCAUGCAUCAGGACAAGUCCUCAGCACUGGCCGCUGUUCUCCACUCCGACCAGCAGCCCCUGCAAUCUGCCUGCUCAAGAGGGGAGUGGAAUAGUCCCUGAUGGCAGAACCUGGAAGACUGGGG